CCAAAUCUACAAGGCGUACUGUCCAAGGCGGAAGGCGUGAGCGUGCACAUCACUCGAAUGCUUGAUAUCUCUCCAUUAGGUAAAGCUCCAGAUCUGCAGGGCGUGGCUGCAGGGCGUGACUAGCGUUGGUGCGCCGACUUCGCAACCGAUGAACUCGCCUUCAAGAAUACCGGCUCAGUGUUCCACAGCAUUCGCGUGCCACACUUGCAGAAGUCACCCCAACAUGCUGGGUGCGGCGCUGACACCCAGCCACUCCAAUGUGCCGCAAUACGGCUUUGCAUUCUCAAAGCGCCGGAAACAGCUAGUCCUCACCACAGGCCUCAUAAUAGCAUUCAACAGCACGCUCGGCUCCUCACUCCCCUCCGGCGCCAAAUCUGCGAUACUGCAGGACUUCAAUCUCGACCCUUCUACAAGCAAGUUUGUCCUCUUGAAUUCUCUCUACCAAGUUGGAUUCGCAGUAUCGCCGUUGUUCUUUGCUCCUCUGAGCGAGCACUUCGGUCGCAGACCGCUGCUGGCGGGCAGCUUCACUUCCUAUGCUAUCUGGACACUGUGCUGCGCCAUCGCGCCAUCAUUUACCGCCCUGGUCGUAUUCAGGCUUCUUGCGGGUCUGAGUGCUGCGGUGCCGAACACGGUUGUCGCAGGUCUAUUGGCUGAUGUAUACGAAGGCCCAGUAGCGAGGGGUCAAGCUGUCGCCGCUUUUCUGUUUGUUGCUGCGUGUGGACCUUUGGUAGGACCGCUUAUCUCGGGAUUCACAUCUGUGCAUCUGGGAUGGCGGUGGACGUUCUGGGUCGGCUUGAUGAUAGCGGGGGUUGGACUUCCGUUCGUCUGGUGCCUGCCGGAGACGUAUGCUACUGUUAUCGCGCGAGAAGUGUCUGAGAAAUCCGCGGCAGACGUGCCGAAAGCUACUCUGAGGAAGCAUGUGUCUAGCUUGGGCAUCACGCUGAAGAGGCCGUGGCUUAUGAUGGUGAGCGAGCCGAUUCUGCUGCUUACUGCUUUGUAUCUGGCUCUGGUGUAUUCUAUGCAAUAUCUCUUCUUCCAAAGCAAUCCCAUUGUGUAUGGCGGGAUCUACGGUCUGAGAGAGGAUCUGGUUGGUCUCUCGUACAUCCCAAGUAUGUUUCGGCUACCAGAUACCAUUGUCACGUUGCUGACGAAGACAGUGUUGAUUGGAGUGGCAUGCGGCUCCCUCAUCGCCCACUGCUUCGGUGUGUUGUACAAAAGAGCAGAGCAGCAGGGCCAGAGCUGGGCUAAAGUCUCCGAAUAUCGCCGAUUGCCACUGGCUUGCAUUGGAGCGCCAUGCAUUCCUAUUGCACUUCUCCUACUAGGCUUCACGGCCGAUCGAUCGAUUCCCCCAGUCGCACCCAUGAUCUUGUCCGGCUUCUUCUUCGGUUUUGGAUAUAUCCUCGUCUUCUUUGCCAUGAUAUUAUAUCUAUCGGACACAUACAAACGCUACGCCGCUUCUGCACAAGCUGCUGCCAGUACGACGCGAUCUCUUGUAGCGGUCGGUCUGCCGUUUGCUGCAUCGUCACUUUAUCAAGGCCUAGGUGUUAGAUGGGCAGGAAGCACCUUGGCAAUUGCAUCUGGAGUGAUGGCAAUCAUCCCUUUCAUGUUUCUACUUUUCCGCAAGAAGUUGAAGGCAGAGAGCGUGUUUGCGGGCUGAGUCGAAUAGAAAUAAUUGAACAGCCGUAGUCAUGUAUUGAUCAAAGUAUGGGUAUCGUCUCCAAGAUAUGCAUACCCUCCCCCCGCUUGACCAGUGUCCCAAAACCAUGCCACCUAA